AUGUUGUCUUCCCGUCGACGCUCGAUCAAUUGUACUACCUCCCAGGUUGCACACAACCGCAUCACCGAAGUUCGCGCCAACUUUCCGUCGUCCCUCACGUCAUUGUACGUACGACGCGAGCUUUGCGGCUUCACGCACCGCGACUAUAAUAGGUGUCUGGCGGGCAACAACAUUACGGCUUUUUACGCCAACCGUUCGCAGUUUGAGCUCCUCGCACGGCUCCGCAACCCCAACAAGUCGUCCCUCACGUACGAUCGGCAUCGCGGUGCGUCGGGCAAGUGGAACUUCCAAGGACCGUGCGACAUUGUCCUGAGCACGACCGCAACCAACACGACGUGUGUUGACCACACGCACACGCGCCUGCUCUUUGACGUCUUCCCCAUCUGCAUGCUGCCAGACGACGAGGCGUCCACGGGCAGCUCGAGCGCACCGUCCGAGGGCUACCUCCACGUCGUUGGCGUCGCGGCCGGCGGCAUGCUCCUCCUUCUCACGCUUCUUAUGACGACCACAUUUUACCGCCACCGGGCAACCAAGUGGCAAUCGUCGACGAGUCACGAGACGCACCUGCCGCUCGAGACGCCACUUGCGAUCCGAAACGACGUGCGCUUCGACCCGGCACUGCGGUCGCGGCGCGUGCCGGCGUCGGACGUCGAGCGCCACGCAGUGCUCGCGCGUGGCGGCUGCGGCAUCGUGUACCGGGCGUCGAUCCACGGGUCGCGCAUGGUCGCGAUGAAGCGCAUUCUGCCGACGCGCGCAGACGACAUCAACGUCGUCGAGGACUUUAUGGCCGAGAUCCGCCUCAGCGCGAGUCUCGAGCACCCCAACAUUGUUGCGUUCGUCGGCAUGACGUGGACGAGCGUGUACAAUUUAUCGGCCAUCUACGAGCUCAUGUCCCACGGCGACCUCUGGCAGUUUCUCCGGCGGAGUCAUGGCCUGACGUGGCACGGCCCCGGUGUCUCGAAAGCGUCGAUUCUGCGAGACGUCGUCGCCGCACUGGUGUAUCUCCACGCGCUCUCGCCUAUGGUCGUGCACCGCGAUUUGAAGGCGAAGAACGUCCUCUUGAACGACGCGUAUGUCGCCAAGCUCGGCGACUUUGGCACGAGCCGCGAGUGCGCCGACCACACAAUGACGGCCGAGAUUGGCACCGUGCCGUGGAUCGCACCCGAGGUGCUCAAGGGCACGCGCUACAGCGAAAAAGCCGACAUUUACUCGUUCGGCGUCCUCGUCUCCGAGGUCGACACGGUCAAAGUGCCGUACUCUAACGUCCACGACUGCUGCCCGAGCGCCGACGGCACCUCGGUCGCGCUGGCGUCGGCCAACAUCGCGAUGCGGGUUGUAAAAGGGACGCUCCAGCCGUCGUUCUCUCCGUCGUGUCCGUCCGUCGUGCUCGAUAUUGCUCGCCAGUGCCUCUCGUACGACCCGGACGACAGGCCGAGCGCGGCGCAGCUCGCAGCGUGGCUCCAGCGCCUCUCGCUCUGA